UGGUUAUGCGCAGACCUCACUGCGCACAAUCACCCACUUCCGGGCUAAAGAAACGUCAGAGGAAACACCUAUUUUAAUGUCACUGCGUGCUGGCUUACUAGCUUUAAAGUUGUGGAUGUAAUGCGUCAAGUACUGGACCAUUAAAGUUGACUCCGCAAUCUCCCGCCAGCUGCCAUCAUGUCCGACUUCAGAGAAGACAGCGAAUUGGAAACAGACCGCGCCGCUGACUUCUCCCUGAUGGACAACCGCCUGGGGUCAUUCCAUGGAUCCAGUGUGGCCACGCAGGUGCCAGCAGAGAGACUGGCCCGGGCCGGCUUCUACUUCACCGGCCAUGCCGACCGUGUCCGCUGUUUCAGCUGUGAGACGACGGUGGAAAACUGGUGCAAGGGAGACACACCUGUCGAGAGGCAUAAGGAGGUUUCUCCAUCAUGCAAGUUCCUCAGCUGCACCCAUCGCACUGAUUACAGCACAUCAAGGUACAACGAAGAGGCAGAAGAUAUGGAGUAUCGAUUAAGGACAGGCGAGGUUGUUGACGAGACCACCUACCCAAUGGUCCCUCACAUGCGGAGAGAGGAGGCCAGGCGUCAGACGUUCUCAACUUGGCCAUCGUCUUCUCCCGUGAUACCUAGAGACCUAGCUGAAGCCGGCCUCUACUACUUGAACCAGGGCGACCGUGUGCAGUGUUUUUGCUGCGGGGGCAUGCUGGGCGGCUGGGAAACGGGGGACACGCCCUGGGGAGAACACACCAAGCAUUUCCCCUACUGCUUCUUCAUCCUUGGCCAUGAUGUGGGUAACAUCCCAUGCCAGGAAGGUAUGGCAGAGGAUACCCGCAGUGGUAGUCGACCACAAGUGAACACUCGUGGGCUCAUGGCGAGUUUUGAAGAGAGGCUGUCUAGCUUUGCAGAGAUCCAGCACCCUGUAGAUCAUGCAAGGCUUGCAAGGGCUGGCUUCUACAGCAUGGGGGCAGGAGACAGGGUGUUGUGUUUUUGUUGUGGUGGAGGGUUAAAAGGCUGGCAGCCUGAUGAAGACCCAUGGGAAGAACACGCCAAAAACUACCCUGGAUGCAGUUUCUUGCUGGAAGAAAAAGGACAAGAAUUUAUCAACAGCAUCCAGCUGCAAGAUCCCCAACGAAACAGAGCAACAUCAAGUCAUCAGAAUGGAUUGACAGCUGACCAAAAUGAUGAGGAUCCACUGGAGACACUAAGGAAGCUGCAGAGGGAGAAACAGUGCAAAGUGUGUAUGGACAGAGAUACUAGCGUUGUCUUUAUCCCGUGUGGUCAUCUGGCCACUUGUGAGAAAUGUUCGCAGGCACUCAACAAGUGUCCAAUCUGUUGUGGGGCCAUUUCACAAAAGGUCAAAACUUAUAUUGCUUAAGAUGGACUGACAUUUGACAAUCCAGCUUUUCCCUACUGCUUUUCUCUCUCAAAUUGUAUUUUAAUAUUAAGUGUAGAUAGGCUGUAAGAUUACACAGGACUAUAUUGUAUGUCAGACUAAAAAAGGAAUGUCGCGUCAUCACAUUAAAAUCCGAUCAAAAGUAUAUUAUUCAAAGAUGACAUUUGUUUAUAGGUUAACAGUGCAGAAACACUAAUUACUUUGCCCAUUUUCGUUUCAGACUUUUACCAUAGAUUUUAUUUGAUGUGUUUAGGAUUGCUUAAAUUAACUGGUAAUGGGAUAUAUAUAAUAAGCACUAAUAUUAUCAUACAUUUAUUAGGUACUGAAUACAGGAUAUAUUUAAGAUUUAAUUUCUUACUCAAGCAGCUAUUUUGUGUUUAAAUAGGUGGUAAAUAAUCAAUCCACGCUAUCGCAGAGGGGGAAAGAAAUCAACUUUUAGUUAUCUGUGUGAUGUAAAUUUUGUUUCAGCAAUAAAUCGUACUAUUUGAUCAUCAAA